CGCGUCGGAGGGAGCUCGUCAUCCCCGCGGGGUGAUGCGCACAGAGGGGACCGCGGGGGGCACGGGGAACCAGGCGCGGGCGAGGAGAGCUCGCACCAGGGUCGGCGCGAUCGGGGGCUUCCUUCCGUCGCUCCUCUGCCGCCUGCGUGGGUGCCCCGGCCCCGGCCGCUCUGCAGGACGCCGGAGUGCAGCCGGGAGACGCGCCUUGAGGAGCCCACCUGCCCCGGGCAGCCCCUCCCGGAGGAGGCUGAACCCCCCAGGCCUCGUGACGAGGGGGCUUGUAGGCAUUCCUAGGGACAGUCCAAAGGAAGCUGUGGUUGCGCGGGCUGGAGGCGAGCGGCCAGGGAUGGCAGAUGGGCGCUCGGACCGCGGAGGAGCCCGGUGGGGGUCACGCCGCAGGCGUGGGCUGGGCCGGGCCGGGCCGGGGUCCUCGGGACCCAGGCGCACUGGGCGGGCUCGGCCAGGGGCCAGUAGGGAGGAAGGAAGAAGGAGGGAGGCUGGCCCCGAGCCCCUAGGGAGGAGGGAUGCGGCGGGCCGGCGCUCCGGGCCAGAGGAUCCAGGAGGCCCGGGGGCGCCCCGGCUGUUAGGGGACGGCCCGCGGGUCCGCGAUCCCGCCGGCGCGCUCAGCGCUGCUGCGGGGUCUGGGAGGCUGCAGGGAGCGCAGAGCCCACACCCGCGCACACACUCCCCGAGAGCAUGCUCAGUGCGGCCCUGGGAACUUCCUGCCGAGUCGUGAGCCGCCCCGGCCCACUCCCGGCCGACUCCGGGCCCUCGGCUCGCAAAGUUGGGGGCGGCGGGGCUAGAGAGUCGUGGGCGCCGCUCUCGCCUGUGGCUCUUUCGCGCCCCUGGCCCCUGCCUCGCCUCAGUUGAGCUACGCGCACUGCUCUCCCCGGCUGCCCUCGCAGCCGGGAUUGGAGGCGUGGGUGUUAGCCCCUGCUCCCCGUGGCGGGGUGGCCAGAGGCCUGGAGCGCGGCUCUCAGCCUGGUGGACCCGCGCGCGGUGCGCCCGCUUGGUGCCUGGACCUGGCGCGGCGAGCAGGCGGGGUGCAAGGGGGUGUGUGAGCCCAGGGACGCUCGCGUAUACACUUGCUGUCACACACAAAGCCGCGGUUUUGUAGCCGCCGCGCGGAAGAGCCGAAGAGGGAAGGGGGUGGCGCUUGCAUUGUCCAGAGGCGUUUGGAGCACAGAGGGGGUGCUUGGCUUCUCAGGGCUGCGGGAACCGGGCGAUGUGGAUGGAUUCGGUCUAGGGCCCGGCCCUCCUGGGACCGACUGCCGGGCCCGGCCCCGGGCGGCCGCCGCUAUCUGCACCUGGCUCUGGCGGCCCAGUUAGGGCAGAUGAGUACUUCUGGGUCUGUGAAGUUGGGAAGGGGCAAACUCAGUUGUGUGUGGGGUUCGGGUGGAUGGCAACAUCGCACUUGUAAAUACACCCAGACCAAAGUGUUAGAGGUAGCAUCUCAUUCUAAGGAGAUGCGAGUGGGAAGCUAGGUCGUUGAACUGACCCCCACCCCCAGUUUAUUGUCAGGACCUGAUCAACUUGGUUUUUACUCCAAGAGACUCCCCAGUGUUAAUCUCUGUGUCUUGCACAUCCUAAGCCUUGUGGCUGCAUCAGAACUCCCUUGUCUGUUCCGAGAAAAUCACUGAACAGUUUUUCAUGAAGGGCAAAGCAUCUGAGAUCUGUGGUGAAUGAAUUUUCACCCCCCUCCCCCCGUCCUCACUGCUUUCCUAUAAAUUAUUUUUGUUGCUAUUGUUCAGGGCUGAGAUGGGCAUCCUCAGAUUUAUUUGGCAGUAAAGAUUAGAGCAAAGCUCUCCUGUCUUUUUUUUUUUUUUUUUUUAAAGAUGGAGUUUUUCUCUUGUUGCCCAGUCUGGAGUGCAAUGGCGCGAUCUCUUUACUGCAACCUCAGCUUCCCGGGUUCAAGAGAUUCUCCUGCCUCAGCCUCUCAAGUAGCUGGGAUUACAGGCGCCCGUCACCACACCCGGCUAAUUUUUCAUUUUUAGUAGAGAUGAGGUUUCACCUUAUUGGCCACGCUGAUCGCGAACUCCUGACCUCCGGUGAUCCACCCGCCUCGGCUUCCCAAAGUGCUGGGAUUACAGGAGUGACCCACCGUGCCCGGCCUAGCGCAAAGCUCUCCUUUCUAGAGAGCUUUUUAGUUUUUUCCAGUUUAGUUUUUUCCUCUUGUCCUCCUCCAUCACCCUGCUUUUAAAUGCUCAUUUAAAUGCCCAUGUUGUCAGCCUUAUGUGGAGAGGCCCUGAAAAGCAAGGUGAUGGAGGAGGGGCAAGAGCGUGACUGUUUCACCCUUUGUAGGGGCUGGGAGAAGAGGAGAAGGAAGUUCCUCUGUCUGGCAUCUGCCUCUGCUGGGGUGCCUCUGCCUGGGUAUAGGGUUUGGGCUUUUUCUUUCAUCUCCUCCUUUGUUUCAGCCUGCCUUCCUCACUCUGGGACACUCGUGACUGGAGUCAUUAGGAGAAAGGAAUCUGCAGUCCUAGUUUGGAGCUUUGCAGGGUUUGCACCUGCACAAGCAGCCACCAGUUGGUUUUAAGGUGUACUGCAAUGGCAGGAGGGGUGGAGGGCUCUGCCCAGUUCUGCCAGUGGCAACCGUAUGCUCCAACUGCUGCUGCAGAGCAGCUCAUGGGCUUUUGGAUCUCCUCAGCAGUGUGCACUUCAAGUGCUUUAUGUUUGGAAGUGUGAAUAUAGUACUCAUUUAUAUAUAUGCCCACAUCUGUAUACAUUUUUAUAAAGAGGUGUGUGCAUAUGUACAUGCAAAUGACAUGUUCUUUGGUAGAAUCUGGAAGCUGGAAGGGACCUCAAGAGAUCACAGGAAUUCACAUAAUCUCUCAUCCCAUUCAAUUUUUUUUGUUUGUUUUAAAAUAACCAACCCACCUUCUGCCCAGCUGUCCUCCAAAAGCAUUGAAAUGCUAGACUCCCCUUUUACCCUAGCUGACGGGGAGGCCUUUGGAAGUAUGAGUUCCCAGGAACCAUUCUAGUUGUAACUCUGACAUUUGAGACAACUUUUCCCUAAUGUUCCAUGUGUCUCAGGAUCUAAGUCACUACAGAGACAUCCCUGGAUUAAUUUUGGCAGGGGACAGGCAGUGACUAGUGUACCCUGCAGAGAUGUGUAGAAAACUGCAAAGAGCAGUCAUCUGUAAGAUCUGGGUUGGAAAGUUUAUGUCCUCUCCUUCCCUGGGUCAUACAGACAGGUGACUGCUCUGCUCUUUCUCAAGAGGCUUUAAGCGCAAUAGGGACUCAUUGUCUUCCUUCCUCCUUGUGUGUCAUGGGCUCCUGGCCCUAGGAGGCAUGGAGGAGGAGUGGUUGGGGGUGGCAUUCUGUGUUGAUGUUGUUAUAACAGGCCUCAGGAAAGUGUGUGCUGUUAGCUUUGUCUUUGGGGGUUUCCUAUGGUGAGUUUCAAAAUUUGGGGAAGGGUACUGGUGUCAGGUGAACAGGUUUAUGGGUAGUUUUGAUUACUAUAAUCCAGAUGAUACUUGAGAAAAGGGAGGAAAUAAUUUUAUACGGGGAGAUUGCUAUCUGGGUGACAAUUGAGAAGAUAGGGUGAGAAAUAAAUAAGCAUUUGGGACUUGUCAGUGCAAGUUUUACCAGGCUGCCUUUAAAGUUAAUAAUUGCUUUGAAGUAUGGAAUCACUCUUAGUAGCCAGAAGAUGGCUACACUUUCAAAUUUCUCUUUGAAAUUAAGUAACGAUCUCUCCAACCCUUAAAGUCUCUAAUCUAAGCCAUAUCCCUAUACUGUUUUAUAUCCUAUGUCAACAUCCACAGUUGUGACUGAUGCUGGCUGCUGAUGAGCAUUUAUCCAGCAUCUGCCAUGUGCUGUGCACUGGGCUGGUGCUGGGUAUAAAGAUGUCCUCCUAAAUUAUCUCACUUUUAAUUUAUCAGACCUUCUCUUACUGUGUGUUAAUACAAACUAAUAGCUCUUGGAAAGCUGCCAAGGUGGGUCCCAGGAGCCUUAGCACUGUAACCACGUUCUCAACUAGAGGAGUUUGGACUCGAGCUGUGUGUUUGCCCAUUUGGACUGUUGUAUUUAUUUUUUUCAUUGCCACAAUUAAGUGCAUCCUUCCCUGACUUUGUCAUAUCUGCAGUGCUAUGUGUGUGCAUGGGAGGGGUUGGAGGAAUCACUUGAUUUGUUCAAAAUCCCACAGUUCUCUUGUCUAAACACACAAUCUUCUGGAAUGGGAACAGGGCUUUCCUCUCGGGACUCUGCCCAGUCUUAAAAAUCAGGACAGGCAAAGGUUAUAAGCUAUUGUGGCUGGGUUUGGUGGGAGCAGUUUGUCUUGUAAACUAGCACUGUCUCUUUGUCACCUUUACUGCCAGGCUGGCAUUAAUGCCUGCUGGACGUUGACCCUUGCUCGGGCGGCUCCCUGCAAUGGCUAAGGAAUAUUUCUCCACUCUAUUUCCUGACGAAGUGAACUCAGGAGUGAGUUACACCCAAGUACUUCUGUUACUAGUAAGAGUUAACUACUGGUGUUUGCAAUAGGUUUACUUUUUAAAAUGUCAGCACUUCAAGGUUAUCCCUAGAAUAAUAACAGCCUCACUUAUUUGCAUCCCUUUGUGAUUUUUGUGGCUGGCCCUUGAGGGAACGUGUGCUACCCACCCACUCCUGUUUGAACUUCAUGCUUUAAUGUUGUAGUUCGGUGCAUAGACUGCUUAUAAGUCCUGUCAUGCUGGUAAAAUGUUUUUUAAAAAUUAUUAUUAUAAGUAUCCUACACAGAAAAGCCUUCCACUCUAUUCGUUUUGGGUCUUUUCUGUGUCUGGGUCCCCUCAUGGGAGUGUGUUAUGUUGGUGAUCACCGUAGAGAUUUUAUUAUAUGUCUUGGUGGAGAAACAUCAAGAAAGGGUGGACAAGAAAAUAGGAAUGAUGGCGAUGAAAAAAAUCCACCUUCUCCGACUGGCAUUACUGCAAAUGCUUCUUUUGUCCUACAGGUAUUUCACUCAACAAUGAGGUAGAUUCUGUUGUUAUUCCCAGUUUAUACAUGGAGAGACCAUAACAUCAUGAGGUCAGGAAAUCUAGCUAAGGUUACAAACAGCUACUCAGUGGCAGAGCAAGGAUUUGAAGCCAGGUGGUCUAGGUCCAGAGCCAGUGUGGGUUGGGCUGUGAGUAGUGGUUAAGGCUGAUGAGUAUGCCCUGUACUAGCCAGCACCUUCUUUCCAACCGAAGCCGAGAGGGCUUCACAGAUACCCAGGGGCACUGCAGGGAGGGCCCUCCUCUUUCUAGCUGAGGUCACCGAGGUGGAGAGAGGUGGAGAGACUUUCUCAAAGUCUCACCAGCAGGCAGCAGUGGCAAAGCUGGACCUCACAUCUUAUCUGUGGUCCCACAGGAACAGUUGGUAACAGUUGAUAACGAGUGCCUGCCUGCUUUGUUUAUAGCAAUGAUACAGGAAGAGAAUUGAUGGCCACUGGGCAUCUGUUCCUCCCUGGAGCCCACUGUGUGCUCACACCCAGCUUCACCUUGGAAUGUGGUAGGGAGCAGGUUGGUGUGGCCCCGUUCCCUCCUACCAUCCCCAGCUGGGAGAAUCUAAGUGACAUAUGUCCUUUGGAAUGAGGGGUUCCCUUUCUCAUGUCACCUUUUAAGUUUGACAUGAUAGGAAUCCAGUCUGGGCUGGAUUUUACAUUUCACUCUUAUUAAUUCUCUGUGUUUUAGGGCUCCUGGCUCUUCUCAGCAUUGAUUUCCUUUCUUUAGGAGCAUGGGGUAGGUGAGGAGUGACCUGGAAGAGGUAUCAGGACUAUUCCUUAACAUUUCCAAUAAACGGUGCCUGUGAAGACAUUCCCGCAGUGUCUGCGGAAUCCUAGAAAGAGAGCAGAGGCCACACAAAAUGCUUUUUUGAACCCGAGGUCGCCAUACUUUGUGGAAUCUUCCCAUUGGACAUAGCAGUGAGCACCCGUUGCCUUUCCUGCCCUUACCUGUUCCUGAUUCAGAAUGCUUCUGCCAAAUAAAUAGUCACUGGCUACUCAAGGAUUUUAAAGUCUAAGCCUAGUCAAUGCACACCCAGAAGAGUUAAGUUCAGUGAUAAAGGGAAAUGUAGAUGAACAUACUAAUUCAGCCCAUGUGACCACUUUGGGCCUCAGUUGUUAGGUUGAGAAGUAAGAGGGGAUUGAAUGCGCUCCAAAGAUCUGUUCAGUUCCUAAUGUUGCGUAAUUCUACACGUGUGGCAAAAGAGUUGUAACAUAAGUUAAAUGAAAUUCCCUUAUUAAAUUAAAAAGAAGGUUGAGAACACAUUCAGGUUGUUUUUGCCCUGGCCAGUAGACUCUCUUUAGCAGACAGCUGAAAAGCUUAACUAAGAAGAAUCAGCCCUUUAUUGUUACUCUCUCUUUGGGGAUGUUUAUCUUUGUAUGUUUAGAAAUAAAAAACCUUGGUCCUUACUUUCAGCCCUGAAAUAACCUGCUUUCCUUUAGUGAAGCUAUUUUUUCCCUUGGGAAAUUGAGAUUCAUUGAGAUUCAAAGAGUAGAGAAGAUGACCAGGCUCAUAGCCUUCUGUGGUUCCUCGCACAGUGCCCUGGGGACGUGGCUAGGUGUUUACACACUGCCACAAGCAGGGCCAAAUUCUGUCUACACGUUCAGUGUGUAACUACUACCUUUCAACAUAAGGGAGUUUGGUAUCAGUCUUCUUGCAGCUGCUUUUUUUUUUUUUUUUUUUUAAACCAUCUGUUAUUUUCACCUCCAGUUUGUUAUUUACAAGCAUCCAUGCUGGUGAGGAGUUUUCUAAAUGACCGAUUCUUUCUUGGAUGCAAAGAGAAAGCACCAUCUCUGCCUCAUGGUGUGUGUGAUUUCUGUUUUCCUUUGGCACCUUUCUUAGUAUUUCUGUUUGGUAUACUUCCUUCCUCCCCUUUCCUGUAAUUUUUUAGAGCAUCUAGGGUUAGAGGCCCCACCCGGUGAGGAUAUGGCAGGGAAGAGGAGUUUCCCUCUAUUCCCUUCCCCCAGUAAUCUUCAUCAUGCGGUGUCCCCAGUCCUGUGUAAGACCUUUGCAAACACGGCUUCAAGCCCCUCUGUUCAUCUUGAUUGGCUUCCCUCUGUAAAAAAGUUCUAGUCUCUGUGACUAAGAAUGUUACAUUCUUCCUUCAUUUGAUUUUUAGCUAUUAUGCUUGGCAGGUUUAAAGAUGACAUUGUUAUUGGGCAGUCUUCACUGUACAUUACACACAAAUGUAAUUCUCCUGGGUAAAUACGAUCAACUUUUACAGGUUCACCAUUCCUCCUUCACAAUUCUUACGUCUAGUGAGCUCCUUCAAGGGAAAGGUUUUUUUCCCCCCCCAGGCUUGUUCCAAAUAAACCCCCCCAAAACAAAAAAAGAAACAUGUAGCUCCAAUAAAGAAAGGAGUGUCAUGGAGCUCUCAUGGGUGCAGGCUGGAAGCUCCAGGCCUGGCGUGCUGGAGUUAUGAGAUGAGCUGUCCAGGCAGCAUGGCAUCGUGAGUGAACUCCGACCGUGGCAGGUGAGGCUUCUGCACUUAGCUGGCUGUCUUCAUGUGGGCCGAUUCUGUGCUUAGUGAUUCUGAUUUCUCAUCUGAAAAGCGAUGCAUCACUUAGCCUCUCCUACACUUGGAGGGUUCUACUAGUGUGCCUGCGUGGCUGCGUUCUGCACUCUCAGCUACUUUAGUUUCUUUAGUCUAUCCUUAAAAAGAUUCCUAGGUGUGUUCCUGAUUUUGAGCUUCCGUUUGGUCAUUAUGCUCUUUUGGAGUUCAUCUUUUAAAAUCAGUCUUUCUGUGGACAUUUUUUUUUUCCUCUUAGCACAGUUUAUGGUCUCAUGCAGGUCAACAAAUUGGGACUCUGAAUGUGAGUGUGUGUGUGUCCACACACCACUAGGGCUUAUUACCUUAUUGUCAAUGUUAUCUUAAGAAAAAGUGGAGGCUGGGUGCAGUGGCUCAUGCCUGUAAUCCCAGCACUCUCAGAGGCUGAGAUGGGAGGAUCGCUUGAUCCCAGGAGUUUGAGACCAGCCUGAGCAAGAAAGCAAGACUCCUGCCUCUACAAAGAAAAAAAAAAGAAAGAAAGAAAGAGAGAAAGAGGAGAGAAUUAAAGAAAAGAAAGAGAGAGAGAAAAAAGAAAGGGAGUGAUCAGAGAGCUGCAGGUUUGGAGUAGCCAUCAGUUAAAGGAAGUCUGCAGAAAGUUUCUGUGAAAGGAUUUUGUUACUAUGGCCUUUCCCCUAGUACCAGCUUGUUAAGUAGUAUAGGUAGGGGAUCCUUGGUGAUACUGUGUAUUAAGAUUUUAUUGUUCUUCCUGUAAAGUGUUUUUCAUGAUAAUGAGUUGCUUAUUCUAUAAUAGUGUCUGUUCUCUAUUUCUGUAAGCAGAAUCAAAUACAACUUUCAAGUUUUAUUUGUUCUUUUUUUUUUAGAGACAGGGUCUUUCUCUGUCACCCAGGCUAGAGUGCAGUGGUGCAAUCAUAGCUCACUGUAACCUCCAACUCCUAGGCUGAAGUGAUUCUCUUGCCUCAGCUUCUUGAGUAGCUAGGGCUACAGGCAUGUGCCACCACGCCUGGCUAAAUUUUUUUUAAAAAUUUUAUUUUUUGGAGAGACACGAGUCUUACUAUGUUGCCCAGGCUGGUCUCGAAGUCCUGGCCUCAAGCGAUCCUACGGCCUGAGUCUCUCAAAAUGCUGUGAUUACAGCUGUGAGCCACCGUGUCCAGAGAGCUUUCCAUUUUUUGAGGCCAUGUCUGGUUAAUACUCUUAAGUUUCCGAGUUUCUUCCUCCUAGUUCAGUGGUUUCAAGUGUGACUGUUCUAUUUGCUCAUUGUCAGUCUCUAACAGAAAUACUACAAGAUUACUUCUAUUGCUGCUGUAACAGCCACAAACUUAGCAGCUAAAGCCACACACAUUUAUUCUCUUUGAAUUCUGUAGGUCAGAGGUCCCUUAUGGGUCUCACUGGCCGAGAUCAAGGUGUCUAUUCCUUUCUGGAGGCUUGAAGGGAGAAUCGGUCUCCUUGCCUUUUCUAGAUUCUAGAGGCUGCCCAUGUUCCUAGGCUCAUGCCCCCUUCUCCAGUUUCAAUGCCGGCAAUGUCCAGCUGAGUCCUUGUCUCUCUGCCAUCACACUGAUACUCUCACCAAGCUGGGAAAGAUUCUCUGCUUUUCAGGAUUGAUGUGAUUAGAUUAGACCAAGCAGGGUAAUGCAGCGUAAUCUCCCAUCUACAGGUCCUUGAUAUAAUGCCAUCUCCCUGUAAGGCAACAUAAGCACAGGUUCUGGGGAUUAGUAUAUGAUGAACAUCUUUGGGGGCCCCUUUUCUGCCUACCACAGUCCUCAAAACUCCAAAUAAGGAACUGGUUCUUUGCUCUUUAUGUAAAGGAACUAUUUCUCUUUGCAAAGAAGGUUUACUGUUACAGGAUCUGUUCUUCUCCCCUUUGAACAUAUUCAAAUCAACUAUUUGCCAGAACAUUGGUAUUUAAAUAAGGUUUGAGGUCUGCUAAGGCCAGAUGUUGAGCUGAGUACUUUUACUUGCUCUGGCUUAUGUAAUUGUGAGCCGUCCUACUGAGAGGUGACAAUGUUCUAGCAGCCCUCGCUCGCUCUCGGCACCUCCUCGGCCUAGGCGUUGGCUCUGACCACGCUUGAGGAGCCCUUCAGCCCGCCGCUGCACUGUGGGAGCCCCUCUCUGGGCUGGCUGAGACCGCAGCCGGCUCUCUCUGCUUGUGGGGAGGUGUGGAGGGAGAGGCGCGGGCGGGAAACAGGGCUGCAGCGCUCGCAGGCCAGCACAAGUUCCAGGUGGGCGUGGGCUCCGCGGCCCGGCACUUGGAGCGCCCGGCCGGAGCAGUGAGGGGCUUAGCACCCGUGCCAGCAGCUGCGGAGGAGCGCCGGGUCCCCCAGCACUGCCGGCCUGUCCGCACCGCGCUGGAAUUCUCGCCUGGCCUCAGCCAUCUUCCCGCGGGGCAGGGCUGGGGACCUGCAGCCCACCAUGCCAGAGACCCCCCCACCCCCGGCAGUGGGCUCCCGAGUGGCCUGAGCCUCCCCAGUAGCCCGAGCCUCCCCCAGGGGCACCACCCCCUGCUCUGCUGCACCCGGUCCCAUCGACCGCCCAAGGGCUGAGGAGUGCAGGCGCGGCGCGCGGGACUAGUGGGCAGCUCCGCCUGCAGCCCUGGCACAGAUCCACUAGGUGAAGCCAGCUGGGCUCCUGAGUCAAGUGAGGACUCGGAGAACUUUUAUGUCUAGCUGGAGGAUUGUGUAUGCACUAAUCAGCACUCUGUGUCUAGCUCCCGGUUUGUGGAUGCACCAAUCAGCACUUUGUAUCUAGCUGAUCUGGUGGGUACUUGGAGAAUUUUUAUGUCUAGCUAGAGGAUUGUAAAUGCACCAAUCAGCACCCUGUGUCUAGCUCAGGGUUUGUGGAUGCACCAUUCAGCACUUUGUAUCUAGCUGAUCUGGUGGGUACUUGGAGAACUUUUAUGACUAGCUAGAGGAUUGUAAAUGCGCCAAUCAGCACUCUGUCUAGCUCUAAAGGUUUGUAAAUGCACCAAUCAGCACCCUCUGUCUAGCUCAAGAUUUGUAAAUGCACCAAUCAGUGCUCUGUGUCUAGCUAAUCUAGUGGAGACUUGGAGAACUUUUGUGUCUAGCUAAAAGAUUGUAAAAAUGCACCAAUCAGCACUCUGUGUCUAACUCAAGGUUUGUAAACGCACCAAUCAGUGCUCUGUGUCUAGCUAAUCUAGUGGGGACUUGGAUUUUGUGUCUAGCUAAAGGAUUGUAAAUGCACCAAUCAGCACUCUGUCAAAAUGGACCAAUCAGCUCUCUGUAAAAUGGGCCAAUCAGCAGGAUGUGGGUGAGGCCAGAUAAGGGAAUAAAAGCAGGCUGCCUGAGCUGGCAGUGGCAACCCCCUGGGGUCCCCUUCCAUAGUCUGGAGGCUUUGUUCUUUUGCUCUUUGCAAUAAAUUUUGCUGCUGGUCACUCUUUGGGUCCACACUGUCUUUAUGAGCUGUAACACUCACUGGGAAGGUCUGCAGCUUCACUCCCGAGGCCAGCAAGAUCACAUACUCACCAGAACGAAGAAACUCCGAACGUCUGAACAUCAGAAGGAACAAACUUGGCUCACGCUGCCUUUAAGAACCAUCACACCACGAGGGUCCACGGCUUCAUUCUUGAAGUCAGUGAGACCAAGAACUCACCAAUUCCGGACACAUUGCUAUUACAGUGGGGAAACUGAGGUGCAAAGGAAACUUGCCCAGGGUCACACAGCCAGAAGUGGCAGAGCCAGGGUACAAAAGGCUGAAUUCCCAAAAUUGGCAUUUUUUCCACUCUGCUUUUCUGCCUUACAAGCGAUAAGGCAAAAACACAGUGAGAAAUGGUAAUGGAAAACGUUAAAAUAAUGUAAAACCUCUCUGCUUCUGCCAGGGUGAUGAUGAUAAACGAUAAAUAUUUGCCUGUGCUAGAUUGAUUUUUUUUUUUUUUUUUACUAUCGGCCUCUGUUAAUGGCCUCCCUGAACUCCCUGUAUCCACUAUCUACACUCUUUGCCCUAUAACUUUGCAGGUUCUCUUCCUCCUUCCUUCUUCCCCCACCCUGGUCCCCCGCCCCCUUUUGGCUAUGUGACUUGCUUUGGCCAGUGGGAUGUUAGCACAUGCUGUAUAUAAACAGUUGUAAAAAGCGACUGUUUCUGAUUGCCUUUUACACGACUGGGCUUGCACAUUCAGACCCCGCCACCUCCAUGAGAUCGUGCCCAGGCUAGCCCAGUGGAGGGGGCCAGGUUUGUGCUUGCCGAUUCCAUCCUAGAUCGGCCAAUGCUGUCUGACCUGUCCGCUGUGUGCUGUCUCCUGAGCAGGUCUAGGUCGGCCACGGUCACCUGAAUCACCCACUGGCUGACUUGUAGAGAUGUGUAAAUCAUCCGUGGUUGUUGUAAGCCACUGAGUUUGGGGGAAGUUUGCUGUAGAGCAGUGGUUAACUGAUGCACGGCUCAUAUCAGAUGUUUGAAUAGUGUAGAAAGUAAUUUUAGUGUCCUUUUAAAAAUCCUUUUGUUACUUGUAACUAAUUAAUAUUCUUUUAAGAUUGUACUUAGGUUCAAGAACUUGUCCAUUAUAUCUGCCCCUUUUUCCCUUUUUAAAAACCAUUAAAAUCCUUUAUAUUUUUACCAAUUGCACUCAGAAACAGACUAGUUUUCCUUUCUGAAACUGUUUGUCUUCUAAUAUGGUGGUUUUUGACCGCAACCUGGAGUAAGAAAUACAUGCUGAAUGAGAACUCACAUAUGUAAGUAGAUAACAGCAAGAAAAGUUUCAUAAAAAGUACUUAACCUUUAUCGUGGCCUCUGGUGUUUUCUAUUUUGUUCUAUUUCAUUGUCUUAAAAAAUUCUGGUCAGAGGUCAGGCGACAGGUGAUUGGCUGCCUAUUUUGUAAAUAAAGUUUUAUUGGCACAUACCCAAUCCCAUUUGUUCUUCUGUUGUUUAUGGCUACUUUCACACUACAAUGGCAGAGGCCAGUGGUUGUGACUGAUAUAGAUGAUCUGGCCUGCAAAGCCUCAAGUAUUUACUCUCUGGCCCGAGAAGAAAAAGUUUUCUGACCUUUGCACUGAAUAGAUUUCAUAACCCAUCAGUUAGUUGUGACCUUCUGUUUGGAAGACCCUGUUCGAGUGACCCUUCGGUCUCCUCAUACCCUUGUAGAAAUGAUAGUGAACACAUCUGGCAGAUGUGAAAACUCACUCUUCUCUGUUUCCUUGGAAUCAACAAUUAGGUCCUUGCCAUCUAACAUUGCACCCGAUUGGCUUAUAUAGGAAACUUUUCAAUCAUUUCUAAAUUGUUUCAUUAUAAAUAGUGUUAUGCCCCCCCCUUCUUAAUUUAUUUUUAAAUAAGGCUUUCUAGUGGAAACUAACUGGAAUUAAAAUGGACACAAAUUCCAUUCAAGUGCUAGUUAUUUAUUCAUUAGAUCCCAGCAGUGCCUUUUUUGGUGAUAUAAUGGAGUCUAUUAGUGGGAAAGGCAAAGACACAGUGAUCCUAGCUUCUCUUACAACACCUUUCUGGCAGCUGGGCCUUAUUGCCACAUUUCUGAAUUAGGGUGGUAUUAUAUCUGAGCAGAAUAAAAUUUAGAGACAUUAAAUCAUGGACUUCUGUGGUUGAAAAGACUUUGGAAUUUUUUUAAAACUCAGAUUUAAUUGGCUCCUUAAAGGCCAAAUUUCUCCAAUACCUUCAUUUUUCCAAGCCUGUCAAGAAAGGACAACAUUGUUAUUUAUGUUGUGUGCCUCAUGGGAUUGAUGAGAAAGAGCUGAGGCAGAAGAACUUCAGAGGGAUGUGGAUAUGUCUUUGUAGAAUCUCAGGUGACGGAUGGUCCCUGGCCCAUUUAUUUAUUGUCAGUGAGAAUGGAAUCAAAAUAAAUGAGCUUAAACUACAGCAUGAAGAGCUUAGGUAAAAUCUGAGAAACAUCCCCCAAAUAAGGUCCAUUUAUUGACAUUAGAAUAGGUUAUCCUGUGAUCUUAAUAGAUUGAUUGCACACAGCAAGUCAAUAUGUAGAGAAACUGGGUUGCAGCAGAGAAAGGUUUAAUCAAAGGGCCACCGAAUGAGGAGAGGGGAGGAAACCUCAAAUCCAUCUCUCUGAGGAGUUUGGGUUAGAGUUUUUAAGGGUUUUGGAAAGGGGCAAGCUUGGAGGUUGUUGAUUGGUCGAAAAGUGCAGGGUGAACAUGGGGCAGGGACGUGAACCACCUGCAUUCUCAUGCUGAUCCGUUCCUCUGUGGGGGUCUUCAAACUGGUUGUUGGCAUUCAGGGUCUGAGAACAUUUUAACCCAUCCUUUAAAAAAAAGGCCUUAUGAUACUACUGUCAGAGAUCCUGUCUAUAGGAACAAUGGGGUUGCAAAUCAAUUCCUAAACUGUCUUAAUGACCUCAAUAUCAGAAAUCCUACUCAUAGGAACAAUGGGGAUGCAAAUGGCCACUAUCUAGUGCUAUGUGACUUUUAGCAACAGGAAAGCGGGCCAAGGUGCAGCCUGACUAGUGCUUCAUUGUAACCAUAUUUCAGUCCAGAACCUGGCAUGCAAUUCUUAACCCUGUGGGGAUGGUUUCACUCCUAAGCGUUUUUGGUGUUAGCUGCUGCCGUUUGUUCAGAUGGAUGGCUGUCCUUCCAGGUGGUUGGAUGCCUUUAAUUAAUAAAGAUUCUUCUGGGUGCUAGCAACAGAAACCUGUCAGACCUUGCUUCAGUGGAAGGAGAGAACUCAUAUUAGGAACACAGGGAUAGGGUCCAGGAGCCCCCUGCAGCCUGGGAUCGAGGCUCUAGGAACCCCAGAAAUCCUUGUUGCUCUCCUUUCUGCUUCCAGGUGUCUGGCUGCUUAAUUCUCCUCCCUGCGUAUUCUGCUUUUCUUGUCCCAAGGGCAGAACUCUGGGUAAGGGGAUUUGUUACAGGGUGUAAGCCACACAAUAAGGCUGAUCUUUCUUUUGUAAUGCCCGUUCUGGUUUUCCCUCAGUGCCCAGCUUGAGAUCACCCAGGGGUGGGCAGGGUGUGGCACCUGGAGAGAGGACUCUGGUCUAGUCCCAGGCCCUACAACGUUAUUGGGGGCAUUUCAACAAUUUGGGGGGGCAAUUUUGAUUGUCAGUGAUUGAGGAGAGCCACUAGCAUUUAUUGGAUGGGGACCAGGGAUGCUAAACAUCUGUAAUGGGUAGCGCAGUUGUGUAUCACAAAAUGUUUCCUGUUACCCACUAGACAAUCAUGGACAAGCAAAAUCUGAACCUAGACCUAACUUAGGUAUAAGCAAAUAAUUGUUGCACAUUUUAAGUAAACAUCAACUUUUCCAGUUAAUGAAGAAAGAUUGUGCUUUCUUUUGUUAGGAAAUUUACCAUUUUGGAAACUCAUGUUACCUGUAGAAUUAGCACAUCACCUGUGUUAGUCCAUCUUUGUAGCUGACAUGACACAUUUUAAAAAUUUCACAUUAAAAUGAAGGCAUCUAAUGGCUCCAUUAUGUCUUUUAGAGUGGUCUGGCCCAGCUAAUUGCAUAUUGAAAUACAUUAGAUUUGUCAUAAAUUACUUUCCUUUAUUGUCUUUUCUGUCAAUCUUAGGACAUUAAAUGUAUAUGUUUGAAAUUGUGUUUAGGUAGGUUAUCUGAGCAUUUGGUUCAGAUAGUAAAGAGUGUUAUAAGCUCACUGUAAGCCCCAGGGGCUUUGGGGCUGAUAGGGUUUAGAACACUGCACUAGGGGAAAUGAAUUGUAAAGUAAUGUUUUUUCUCUAGCCCAAUGAUUCAGCUGAAUUAAUACUUUUAAUGUGAAGCAUUUUAAAAAAAAGCAAACCGGCCUGGUGUGGUGGCUCACGCCUGUAAUCCCAGCGCUUUGGGAGGCAGAGGCGGGCAGAUCACGAGGUCAAGAGAUCGAGACCAUCCUGGCCAACAUGGUGAAACCUCAUCUCUACUAAAAAUACAAAAAUUAGCUGGGCGUGGUGGUACGUGCCUGUAGUCCCAGCUACUUGGGAGGCAGAGGCAGGAGAAUUGCUUGAACCCGGGAGGUAGAGGUUGCAGUGAGCCGGGAUCGCGCCACUGCACUCCAGCCUGGCAACAGAGUGAGACUCCGUCUCAAAAAAAAAAAAAAAAAAAAACCUUGGCCCAUGUAUGGGGUAUAGCAGAAAUAGAGAUAUUGGUCCCAUAGUGCUCCUCCCCGAGCCACACCCAUGGGUGGUGGACUGUCCUUGUUGUACAACCUCCACCCUCCCAUGCAUACAGGUAGUUUUUGGCUCUUGCUGGGCCGUGGCUCCCAUGUAGGUCUCUGCAUUAUUCUGGAAAAACUGCAGGAAUGGAAGGCAAAAUUAGGUUGUCACCUGAGUUUCAUAACUGCACAAGGUUUCAGGGAGACCUGUGAACUUGCAUGGGAAAAUAUUACACUUUCAUUUUCACUAACUUCUAGCCAAAAUUUGGCAAUUCUUUCACUUUGGAAGGUUGGGCAUAAGUCACAGUAGUAUUAGUGCUGUUUGUGACUUUGUCACCAAUAGAAAUCUAAUAUUUUCAUGUCACAUUAGAGAUGAUUAACAGGUGUGUUGAAAUAUCAGUAUUCAUCACCACUUUGAAAUUAUGGUGGUUGUUGCACCUGUUGCUAGAUAGUGUUAUUUAAUGUGUUAAGAUACAAGCUGCAGGUAUUGCCUUAUCACAAUUAAAAAAAAAAAUUUGGGGGCCAGACGCGGUGGCUCAUGCCUGUAAUACCAGCACUUUGGGAGGCCGAGGCGGGCGGACCACUUGAGGCCAGGAGGUUGAGACCAGCAUGGCCAACAUGGCAAAAUCCUGUCUCUACCAAAAAUAAAAAAUUAGCUGAGCAUGGUGGCGGGUGCCUGUAAUCCCAGCUACUAGGGUAGCUGAGGCAGGAGAAUCACUUGAACCCCAGAGGCAAAGGUUGCAGUGAGCUGAGAUCCUGCCACUGCACUCCAGCCUGGGCGACAGGGUGAGACUCUGUCUCAAAAUACAUGAAUAAAUAAAAUAAAUAAAUAAAUAUAAAAAAUAUUUUGGUAACUGUAUUUCAAUAUAAUUGAUUUCCUUUGCAGUACUGUGUAUUUUAUUUUAUGCAUUAAAAAAAUCUUUCUGAGAAGGGGUCCAUAGGCUGCCCCUAGUUCGCCAAGGGGUACAGUAGAAUUGUGGUGUGUUCUAGACCCUGCACACCCACUGCUCCCCUUUCCCUCCUCUUCAUCAAGAGGUGACCUCCUCCUGACUUGGGCUUUCUCCAAGGCUGUCAGUUGCAUUUGUAGAGUGGGUGUGGGCUUAUCUCCAAGUUUUUAUCUUAGACCUGGUCAAAGAAUUGAGCUCUAUUCUUGGCUCACUCUUUUAUCAUAUGCAAGGAGGCAAGUUUGUCAGAACGUUUCUCUAGCAAGGCAGUAUCUGUCACUACAAGGUAUGUGAUUCAUUUAAAGCCAAAUGUCCUAAUUAUCUGAAUCCUAAACAGAAGUCUGAUUUCAGCUUCAGUUUCAAUUUUUCAAGUGGAGAAAACCCACAGACAUUCUGCAGGAAAAUGCCCUAAAUACACAUUAACCCCGUUUUCCUCUUGGUAUGCUUUAAGGUUAUAUCAUCAACAGCACUCUAAGAAAUACCCCUCUGCCCAAUAAAUAUGUUGUGCACAUGGUUGCCAGGGGUGUUUUCCUGUUGGCGUAUGGCUUUGGAGAGAGGGGUAUCCCCUAGGAAUUGGGGCUUGGCUUGGAGGUAGCGCCAUAGGAAUGCACUUCCUCUUGGCUUCCCGCUUGCCACUCAGUGAGUCCAGCCCAGAGGGUGCUCUGCCGCUGCUGUACCUGGAUUUCUGAGAGUGGAGUCAGCCCUUUUCUGUUUCUAGAAACUUCUCUUGAUAGGAAAUGACUCUGUCCACAGAAGAGCUUAUUGUACUGCACCUCGUCGGGCUGCAGACUCGAAGUCAUUGCUGUGCUGCCAUGGGCAUCUCUUUCCUCUCAUAGCUAUAUUUAGAGCAUGAAAAUGCUGAACAUUUCCUUCCUGUUUCUUUAGAAGUCAGAGUGGGGAGGGAUUUCUCGUAUUCAACACAAAUCCUUCGGAUAACCAUAUUAAAAGAUGAUGGGAAUAAUAAUUUUUCGUUCUUUGUUUAAAAAGAUAUUAAGCUGAAGCUUGGACUAGAAUAGUCUCUAUUUUUUUUUCUGCUUCAUUUUUCUAUGGGUUUUGUUAUUGGUCAGUUUUAUCAUUGAGGCAGUUACAUUACAUUAUAUUCUUACUGUUUAAAGAGAAGGUAUUUGUAUUUAACAAGUUUAUCAAUGAAGGGAUAGCAUCUCGUCUUUCUUUCUUUUCUUUCUUGCAAAUGGAAAUAGCAAAGUUCUGUUGCUUUCUGAGUCACUGAUUGAUAUUACAGAUUUGUGUUCAAGAUUGUUGGCACAAUUAGGCCUGUUUUUUUUGUUUUGAGACAGAGUCUUGCUCUGUUGCCCAGGCUAGAGGGCAGUGGCACUGGUCACUGGUCACUGGUCUCAAACUCAUGGGAUCAAGUGAUCUUCCCACCUCAGCCUCCCAAAGUCCUGAGAUUAUAGAGGUGAGUCUGACCUAGGCAUAAUUUUUAAAGUGAGAUACCUAACAUAAUUUUAUUAAGAAGCUGUUCUUCUAUCAUUGCCCUUUUUUUUUUUUGGCUUGAGAAAGCAAGAAAUUCAUCAAAUUUACUCGCUAAGAGGUAGUGAUUCAGUCUGUAGGAUCUCUGACCACUCCUCUCCCCCACUCCGAACCACAUUCACUCGGACUGUUUCAUAGAGGUUUGGCUUGGGGUGAAUUUUUGAUUUUAAUCCUACUUUGUGGAGAGCAUAAAUAAAGUCCAGAAGGUCUAAAGUGUAGGAGUUAAAGUACCCGUGUGUGGGCCAUCUUCUGGUCAGAUGGAUGACAGAAUUAAUUGUGCAGCUGCUGGACAUGGAUAGAUCCCAUUACCAUUUUAUAGACCAUAUCACAGUAGAAAGUGGAAAAUAUAGGUCCUGUCUUCAACUUGACAACCAAAAGGAGAAGACCUCACACAUACAAAUGAAUACUUUCUCUCUGAGAACAGACCUUUUGAGCAUGGUAGCUGGUGUACGGGCAAUACUGGGUCCUCCUGUGACCGUGUCUCGUGCACACUGUCUAAUGUCAUGCUUGGGAUAACCACGUAUAUUAGCGUCCCUUAUUUUCACUGGACAAACGUGAAACUCAUGUGGGAAAGUGAAGUAUGUUGUCUGGGGUGACUCACAUAAUAAGCAAGGUGGUCAUAUAAUUUAUCAUCCAAAUCAGGAUGCUUUUGAGAGUGAAGAGGGGUGCUAUUGAUGAUUAUGCUGGGAUAACAGGCAUAAAAGGGGAUAUAUGGUCCCCCUACUGAUAAGGUACAGAUUGGGGGGUUAAAUGCAGGUCUCUGAUCUUAAAUCGUGCCUACUUUCCAUUACAUGCUGUUAGAUCAGGCCACUCUGUCUGCAAAUGAAUUGGUAAGGCACAGAUGGAAGAACCUUCUGAAGAUGAGUUCUGCUCUAAGAAUACAGCCAAAGAGAAAUUCUCUAAGGCUAGGCGAAAGGUUUUUUUGGCCAGAGAAAUGUCUACUAGAGAUCUUCUUUCAUGUAAAAACAUGGAAAGGGUUUUGUUGGAAAGACAGUUUCUUCCUUCAUAAAAAUGGUUUUCCAUUGUUUAAAACAAUGGGUCUGCUUUAGCAUUUAUAAGAAAGACAGAGUACGAGUCACAGAAUCUCAUAUCCAGGGCAAACAUCUUCAUAGCCUGUGGCUGUUAAGAUCCAGAAUGGUAGAUGAAUUCUUUAAUAGUAAGGUAUGUAGAUACAAAUUUACUACUCUUGUUUUUAGCACUCUGGCUGUGGCUGCUAUCAAUGAGGCAAUUUUGUGUAUGGUAUAGUCAUUACUCUGAGAUGUUCAGGUAAAAAUCCCAGCCCUUAAAUACACUGCUUUGCCAUGCUGGGGCUUGUGACAAGCCUUUGUGCCUCUGUGAGCUUCAGACACAGGCGUGCGAACACACCCAGCGGAGGCUCAGACAUGAAGACGGAUGAAGUGCAGGGUUCUUAUAAAUGAUAUUACAGGCCAGUCAUGAAAAGGAAUGAAAAACCUCGCACAGCAUCCCAGGAAUUAUUUGUUCGCAGUGUCGUGUUCUCUUGCAGCCUUCUAAGCCAGCUGAGGUGCAAAAGUAAAAGUUUCAUAACAGAGUGGUUCUGUAAAUACCGAAGACUAUAAAACAGCCCUGCUAGAUUACCACUUGUCAUCAGGGCAGCAGUGCCAGAGGAUGACAUGCCAUCCACAGGCCAGGCCACUGCUGGCAACCCAGAGCAAGCAGAGGGAGGGUGCUGGUUAUGCGCUUGCUGGCCAUUUGUGAACAGCUUUUAGUUGAGAGCUGUUACGUGGCCUUCCUUCUACACCCAGGUUUAGGGAGGACCUGCCUUCUGACCCUUGGAGCACUUGUAAAAGCAUGAAUCCUAAAGUAAGUAAAGUGAAACUUGCUGGUGAUGAAGAAAAAGUCCUUCCUCCAUCAGGAGUGACCAGCAGGACCUGGAGAGGCACUUGGGGGCUCACGGCCUGCACCUACCCCACUGGGUUGUGUGAGCCACUCCCUGAAGAAGAGGACAGUGAUCUCUGGCUGUCUUUAUGAAUGGUCAGCUCUCUCCCUGGAAAUAGGAGAACCACUGGCUACAAAACAGGGAGAAAAAGAAAAAAGAGAGGCAUGAGAAGGCAAAGCCAGCGGAGAAGGAGGCAGCCUGGGUAUUGGAGCUGUGGCCGUUCCACCGUGGGAAAGGAGAGGUGGGACGAUGUGGAGCAGCUGUGCUGCUGUGGGCACCAUGAGUCUGCUUAGAAUGGGGGACAAGGCACUGGCUGGCAAGUCAGGAGAUCUGGGGACUGAUGCUCUCGCUGCCACUUUGUGAGCCUCUGUCUCUUCCACAAAAGUGGGCGAGUUGGGUCAGAUGUUAUCCAGCGUGACUACCAGCUCUAAAAGUCUUUAAUGCCGAGCCAAUGAGCCAUUCUUGUAGGGCUUACCAGUGUGACUCAGUAAACAUUUGAUGAGUACUUUAUAUCAGAAACAGGGCACAAAGGUUAACAUAACACCUGUGCCCACAUCCGGGGUGGGGCCAUGUCAUAAGCAGUCCCAUUGCUCCAAUAAUCGGAGAAUAGCUAACUUGUACCAGGCAGUGUUCUGGAUACUUUCCAUUGAUUUAUCUAUUCAUGAAAUACAUUAGCAAAAUGAAUUAGCAGGAAAAAAAAGUGCUAGCUGGGCACUACUGUUCUGAUUAGAGAGAGGAGGAAACUAAGGCACGGAGAGGUUAAGUAAUUUGCCCCAGGUUUCAUAGCUAACAAGUGAAGGAGCCAGAAUUUCAACCUAGGGAACCUGGCUCCAGAACCCACACUGUGUGGUUGCUGUGGAGGUGCUAUGGUUUGAAUAUUCCUUCCUAAACAAAUGUGAUUUAGUUGUCAUUGUAGCAGAAUGGAGAAGUGAGGCCUUUAAAAACAGGUAGAUCAUGAGGGCACUGCCCUGAUGAAGAGAUUAAUGCUGUUAUCCAGGGAAUGGGUUAGUUAUUGAGAGGGUUAUCGAGGGUUCCUGAUAGAAAGGAUGUGUUCAGCCCACUUCCCUCUCGGUCUCAUAUGCUUUUCUACCAUGUUCUGACACAGCAAGAAGACCCUCACCGGAUGCCAAGCACCACACUCUUAGACUUCUCAGCCUCCAGAACUAUAAGCCAAAUAAACUUCUAUUUUUGUAAAUAACCUAGUCUGUGGUAUUGUUAUAGCAGAAAAAUGGACUAAUAUGGGGGGUUGUGGUGGUCACAUGUUUUUGUCUGCCUCCAUUGAUGGGCAGCAACCUUGUCCAUCUUAUUAGCUAUUAUAUUCCUAUUGCUUAGCCUAAUGUAGGCUCUUGGGACAUUUUUGUUGAAUAGAUAGAUGGAUAGUUGGAUGGGUAAGUGGAUGGAUAGAUGGGUGGGUGGGUGGAUGGAUGGGUAGAUGAAUGGGUAGAUGGAGGAAAUAAACAAGGUCUUCGGGGAGCUUACAGCCUAAUGAGGAAAACAGACUCACACUAAUGUCAGUGAAUUGCAGGCAGGGAGGGGGCUUAGUCUAAUCUAGGGCAUCAGAAAAGGCUUCCUUGAGGUGGUGGUGGCUGAACUGAGCCUUGAAAGAUAUGCGGGAUUUGUGAGAAUGGGGUGGGAAAGACAUUGCCAGCAGGGGCCAUGUGGGCUAACUCCAGCAUUGCUGGCAGCAGUCAGCAUUCCCAGAGCCUAGAGGACAGAGCAGGAGCUGCUGGGGAUGGGGCGAGGUCAGGAAAAGCCUUCCUUGGGAAUGCAUUUGGACUUGCUCCUGAGAGCAGUGGAGAGCACCUGAAAGGUGCAUGGCUUGGGCAGAUUUGGUUUUCAGAUGGUCUGUUCUGCUUGCAGUGUGAAAAGGAGGGAACAGGAGCAAGCCUGGCUCAGGAGGUGGAGUGGCAGGGGCAGGGUACUGCAGUGGUCCCCAUGGGAGAGCAGGGGAACUUGAAGUGGAGGGAGUGAGGAGAGGUGGCUGAGGAGUGCAAGGGGAGGAUGACGCUUAAUUCUGGUCUUGCAGAGUUCAGGGCCUCCUGAGGUUACUGACGAGUUGCCCAGGUGUUCCCAUGUGAGUGCAAAGCUGUGCUGAGCCUGAGAGGGGAAGGGUGGGGCCCUGUGGUUUAGGUGUUGUUGGCAUUGAUAGUGGUUAAAGUCAGGAGACCAGAUGAUACCACCCCAAAAAGAGUGUUAACCUGGAAGAGCCAAUUCUUGGAAGAUUUCUGCAUUUACAGGCUGAGCCAAAGAGAACCAAUGGCCAGAAAGGCCCGGCCCCGCCUGAGCAGAGCAGGCCCAUGGGGUUUUAUGGGACAGAUCAUCUUGACCAUAGUGACAACAUUGGAGCCCUUACAGUGUGCUGGGGACAUUUGGGAGCACUCAGGUAGUUCCGAUUCAUCAUACAAAUCCAGUGAGGUAAAUGUUACUUGGAUCUCCAUUUUGCAGAUGAGUGAACUGAGGUGCAGAGGGGCAAAACCAAUAAUUAUCUGAGGUCACAUGCUUCACAAGACCAAAGGGCACGGGGGAGCCAAGGCCUUCUGCGUUUUUAUUGGUUUUGGCAAGUUGCAAAUCCCAUGGAAUGAAUCAGAAGCUGAGUAGGGAAGGAAGGUGUUGGGGCUGUCUUGACAGAGGAAGGAAUGUCAGGGAAGUGUUUGUUUUGUUGGUUUUUUGUUUUUUAACUCUUUUUUUGCGGAGAAGGGGUGGGAUAAAGACAAGGUCUCACUGUGUUGCCCAGGCUGGUUUCAAACUCCUGGCCUCAAUUGAUCCUCCUGCCUUGACCUCCCAAAGUGUUAGGAUUACAUGUGUGAACCACUGCACCUGGCCCUGUUUUGGUUUUUUUCAAGAGUGAUAGAAUUGCUCAAAGGCUUAGAGAGCCUGUUCUGAGGUUUUAGAGAUACAGGCCGGAGGGGGCAUGGGGGUGUGAGGACAAAUGUGAGACAGGCCCUCCUCGAGGAGGCUGGGAGAGCACCAAAGGGAGGCAGGGCUGUUUCUGAAUUGGAAUGGUAACGGGAUGACUCACGGACAUGGAAUACACAGAAUAGGUGACCCCGCAGAGACAGGAAGCAGAUUAGUGUUGCUGGGGGCAGGGGCCUGUGGAGAAUGCUUGAUGGAUCCGGGUUUUAUUUGGUGGGGUGGGGGGUGGUGAUAUCAAUGUUUUGGAACUAGAUAGAGGUGAUGGUCACACAACAUGGUGAACAUACUCAAUGCCGCUAAGUUUGUGUACUGUUAAAGAACUGAUUCCGUGUUAUGUGGAUUUUAUUAAUAUCUCAAUUUGAAAAAGCACGGGAGAGGGCAGAAGUGGGCAGGGAGUGAGGUGGGUUGUAUCUCUGGCCCCUGCUUGCUCCCUAUUUUGUAACAGGGAGCUUUGUGUUCAUGAUCUUCCCAACUCCUGACAUGUUCUUGUUUCCUAGGAUGUAGGAUUCACUGUGAGCUGAAACCGCGCUCGGCGCAUCCUGGAUGCCUGGGAAGCAUUGGAAUGAAUGAAGGAAUGGUUGAGUGGAUGGAUGAGGAACAGCAGGCAGGCGCCUGGAAAUAGAGGGGUGGAAGGGUGGUGCUGGACUGGAAUGGUUGGCUGAGGAUAAAGGGAAAUGGAGCUGGCUGAAGACAAGAAAAAUCCUAGUUACUGUGUUAGAAGAUCUGUAGGAGAGGAGGGUGUGCAGUAACCUGGUAACAAUGUUUAUGUGGUUACUGUGUAUUCAUUUAAUCUUUCUGGUACUAUUGAACUGCCUGAAUGCAGAAGAGAAGGUAGACUGUGAAAUGGAGGCACAGUUUGCUGUUACAACGUAAGGAUUUUGCUGGGUAAUUAUUACAGUGAGAAGAUAGGGAUGUAGGGGAGAAGAAGACAUUGUAACAAGUUCAGGGAGGUGAGGGAAUUUAGGAGGGAAAGGCUAUGCUGGGGGAGGAAAUGGAAAGAAGUGAUUCUGGGAUGCUCAGGGAGGAAAAGCAGCCAUCAGCCUUGGGAGUAGAGGCCAGGACAAGGUGUGUCAGGGAUGCCGGGUGAAGAUGAAGCUCACUGGGCUCCAAGCAACCACUAUGCGGCAUCUAGGUCACUGGAUUAGUCUGUUCUUGCACUGCUCUAAAGAAAUACUUGAGACUGGGUAAUUUAUAAAGAAAAGAGGUUUAAUUGGCUUACAGUUUCACAGGCUGUAAGGAAGCAUGACGCUGGCCAUCUGCUCGGCUUCUGGGGAGGUACAAGGAAACUCACAAUCAUGGCAGAAGGUGAAGGGAAGCCAGCACUUCCCAUGGCCAGAGCAGGAGGAAGAGAGAGGCGGGAGGUGCUACAUGCUUUUAAACAACAGUAUCUCACAAUAACUUACUAUCAGGAGAAUAGCACCUAGGGGAUGGUGCUAACCCAUUCAUGAGAACUCCGCCCCUCUGAUCCAAUUAGUUCCCACCAGGCCCCACCUCCAACACUAGGGAUUACAAUUCUACAUGAGAUUCAGGCAGGAACACAGAUCCAAACCAUAUCACGCACUAAGUUCCAACAUUUGGUGCUCAGGAUAAUCCUUUGGGGAAUGGGAAGAAAAUGUAAAAGCUUUAAUUUAUAUAUAUUUUCUUCCCUAAAAAGUAAGGUCUUAAAUUGUACUCAUAUUUAUAAUUUGGCAGUAGUACAUGUUUUUAAUUUUAAAAUAAGUCAUAUAUAAGGGAUGCAUGCUCAUUUUUGACUGAUGAGCUAUGGGACCAAAAUCAUCUUGGAAAGUACUGGCUUGGACGGCUCCUGGGUGAGUCCUUUGGAGUGAUGAUGUCGUGAUGUGGGAAAUGGGUCUUAUGGCUUGUGGAAACAGAUGCCCUGUGUUCUGACCAAACAAGGGGUCUCUUCCAAUACGGACAGGCAUGAGGUCAUGCUGGCCUGCUUGGUUCUUUCUAAAUUCAUUCUGCUGUGCAGACCACCUUUUAAAAGUGAUCACAAACCAUCUGCUGAAUACUCACUUGUGGAACUUGAAUCUUCACCAAUGUCACUAUUUUCUGGAAUCCAUCCCAACCCCCACCUUGGUCUUUUGGAAAAUUGGGCUGUUUGCUCCUUUUUUCCCCCUCCUCUCUGACUUCUUGGAUAUGCAUUGAUGUUUUCCCCUUCCUUCCAAGGAAUUAUAACCGAAGUAAGGUGUGUGUGUGUGUGUGUGUGUUUGUUUAAAGAACCUGGAAUGCGGGCCGGGUGCAAUGACUCACGCCUGUAAUCCCAGCACUUUGGGAGGCUGAAGCGGGCAGAUCACGAGGUCAGGAGAUCGAGACCAUUCUGGCUAACACGGUGAAACCCCGUCUCUACUAAAAAUACAAAAAAUUAGCUGGGCGUGGUGGCAGGCGCCUGUAGUCCUAGCUACUUGGGAGGCUGAGGCAGGAUAAUCGCUUGAAUUCAGGAGGUGGAGGCUGUAGUGAGCCGAGACUGUGCCACUGCACUCCAGCCUGGGUGACAGAGCGAGACUCCGUCUCAAAAAAAGAGAACCUGGGAUGCAAUUUUCCUGAGCCUUGACAUUUGAACUGAAAAUAACUAACAAGAUCCGAGGAGUGAGGGGCAGGAAAAAGAGUGAGGCCCUGAGACAGGUUGAUCUGUGUUCUAAUUCUGUCUCUGCUCUUUAUAGCUGUGUGCCUCUGGGCAAGUUGCUUAACCUCUCUGAUUUCCAGUUUUAUUUUAAAGUUGAAGAGGUGCUAAUCUAUCUGGUGAGGUUGUGGGAAAAAUUAAUGAAACACAUGAAAGUCCCUUAAACUUGCUAGGACUUACUGAAUGCCAGUUCUGUCUUCUUCCUAACAUCUUCCCCCAACCCCCAAUCUCUUCACACUCACUCUUGUACAUUUCCACCCUACUGGAAAACAAAGUUGAGAACAAAAUGUGCAUUGCUGAGACUUACUGUUAGACAGUUUUUUAAGGUGUCCUUGAUUUUGGUUAGCCUGGUCUUUUCUCUGUGAUCUCUCUCUUCUGAGUUCUUUACUCCAGUCUUUAUUCUGCUUUAAGGAGAGUUUUGGGCAUUCUUAGUUAAGUGUGGUGUUUGGCUGAUGUUGAAAUAACUCAUUCUUUAUGAGCCUCCCCAUCCCCAUUAAAUGCCUUAAUUUCAUAGGAGACAAAAAAUUUAAAAAAUAAUGCCAUCGUAUACCUCCUACCCCAUUGCGUAUAUUAAGUAAAAGGAAAUAAGUCUUGAGAACAUUGAGAAUGAAAACGUUUGAGUAGGCCAGGUGUGGUGGCUCACGUCUGUAAUCCCAUCAGGUUGGGAGGCCCAGGUGGGAGGAUUGCUUCAGCCCAGGAGUUCUAGACCAGCCUGGGCAACAUAGUGAGACCUUGUCUCUACAAAAAAAAAUACAAAAAUUAGCCGGGUGUGGUGGCAUGAGCCUAUAGUGCUAGUUACUUGGGAGGCUGAGGUGGUAGUGUCUUUUGAGCCCAGGAGGUUGAGGCUGCAGUGAGCGAUGAUAGCACCACUGCACUCCAGCCUGUGCAACAGAGCAGGACCCUAUUUAAAAAAAAAAAAAAAUUGAUUAGGCUCAUUUGAAAAGCUCUCUGGUAGUUAUGGAAUGAGAACCUUACCGUUUGAAGAUAAUGCUACUGUUGUCUCUAAUGGAUGUGAAAGGGCCUGGGGAACCUCCCUAACCUGUUUGCUGCUUUACAUAGACCAGGGCUUCCUGGAUCACUGGGUACCGGCAUUGGCAGCUGGGUUUCUUUCAGCCCUGGGGACUGGCCACCGCUCUUCCACAGCCAUGUGCCUGCAUGCUGGGUCUGAGGAUGCCAUUCUCUUCUGCAUUUCAUUGGAGUGUUGUAUUACUUCAUGAAUGGAAGGAAUUUAAAAAGUCACUCUGGAGUCAUUAGAAAAGUAUGGCUAUGAAGAAAAGUAGGUCUUUGAGUUUCUCAGCUUAGUCUGUUGCUAGGAUAAGUGGGUGUGGUGGUCCCUUUCCACCCGAAGAAAAUAUUUUAUUGUUUAGUUAAAAAAAACCCUUUUAAUUUGUAACUGGAAUUUCAACACGAAUGUUAAUGUAAUUUGAGUUCCUGCUCUCUCUCGCUCUCUUUCUUUUUUCCUGAGAGAGUGAUUUUGUACCAUCAGGCUGUUUUGAAGUUCUUAGUCAUUUUGUUUCUUUAUUAGUAAAAUGGGAUAAUGGUAUAGCAUGGAUGUGAGCAUUAGAAUACUGUGAUUUGGGAAAAGAACCCAGUGCUGUAAUGGAAGUCUAAUAGCUGCUCAGUACAUAGUAAAUGCUAUUUCAAAUUUAGAUUAAAGAAAAAACAUGUUCACAGUCUAUGCAGGCAGUGUAGCUCUAUAUGAAAAGGAACCUAUUGAUUAAAUACUUAGAAAGUUUCAAAAAGCCCCCUUUUAAAUCCUAAGAUAUUGGCAUUCAUGUGAUGGAUGUCUUGAGGCAGAUAACACAGUUGAGUCUUUUUAGUGGAAGAAACACAGAUCUUUUCACAUGAAGUUGUACUUGAAAAAUAUUGCCAUAAUUAAAAUAUACAGUGUAGUUAUCAGGAAAUGUACUUUUUUUGUAUCUUGAAGGAGCCUUACAGAGUUAAUAAAAAAAAAAAAAAAAGAAAGAAAAAAAAGGAACAGCCUCUAAUGGAAAUUAGCAUGUGAUUGAAGUUGUUUUUGUUUUGUUGUCUUCUUUCCUUCUGUCUGAGGUCUUACACCCGGUAAUAGAAUCAGCGUUGGGAUGAGCAAGUCCUAUGACUGUGUUCACUGAUGGCACCCUGUCCUCCUCCUUCUACCUCUAUGCCUGGCAGUCUGUAAGCUUCGAUGGGAAAAAAAUAGACGCUGAGUUCUAACUGAAAUUUGGCAUUUUCUUCCAUUGUGAAUAUAGGCAACAAACCAAAGUAACAUUAGAAAUACCUUGACCUUUGUCAUUAAUAAAUCCAUAUCGCACUACAGUUGUUGCAGAGAUCUCUUCACUACUUAAAAAUGAUGGUAGAUAAUAAAGCCAUUUUUAGAUCUUGUUACUUGGUGUAUUAAUAAAGAAGCACUCAUACCAUAUCACAAUGGAAAAAUAUUGUGAUAACUAAAUCCAGUUUGUUUGCCUUGUAAUCUUUGGUGUUUUAUUUCAUGCAUUUAAAAAUGUUAUUUUGAGGAAACAUCCACGGGCUUCAUCAGACUGCUGGGGGCGUCCAGAGCAUGCAAAAGUUAAGACACCUGCUCUGUCGCCUCUGGUCUAUAUUUUAUCCUGACUGAUAAUGCAGUGGUCCUCAACCCUUGCUGCCCAUUGGAAUCACCUGGGGGAGUUUUAAGAAUUCUAGCACUCCGGCCAUACCCCAGACUAAUUAACUGCAGAUCUCAGGAUUCCCCUGGUGAUUGCCCUUGAUUCCAGGGGAUUCCAGUGUGCAGUGAAAGUUGAGAACCAUUGGUCUAAGUGUUCAUAGAAACCAACCUUCUUCCCUCUCUUCUUCCUUUCUGAUUCUUUAAAUAAGAAAUUAAGUUUCAUGCUUAUGACAGAAAAUUCAAACUGUGCAGGAGAGCAUGGCUCUCUCACUUUCCCAGAAAAAACUAUUGCUGACAAGCUUUGUGCAUAAACAAUCAUUGUAGACAUACACACAUCCAUACAUUAUCCACGAUGAGAUUAUACUAUACAUGUUAUACACACGGACACACUGUAUGCAGUUUUUCACUUCUAUCAUAGAGAGCUUUCUGAGCUAGCUGUUCCUUGAAAUUAAGUUCUCUUUCUUCGGUUUUUUUUUUUUUUUUUUUUUUUUUUUUGAGACAGAGUCUCUGUCACCCAGGCUGGAGUGCAGUAGUGUGAUCUCGGCUCACUGCAACCUCUGCCUCCCUGGUUCAAGUGAUUCUCCUGCCUCAGCCUCCCGAGUAGCUGGAAUUACAGGAGCCCGCCACCACACCUAGCUAAUUUUUGUUUUUGUACUUUUAGUAGAUUCUUGGUUUCGCCAUGUUGGCCAUGCUGGUCUGGAACUCCUGACUUCAGAUGAUCUGCCCACCUCGGCCUCCCAAAGUGCUGGGAUUACAGCCAUGAGCCACCGUGCCCAGCCUGGUGUUUGAUUUGCCUGGGGAGGCUUAUCCCUCCAGGCUUAAUUUAGGAGUAACUUGGAGACCAUGGAUCCUAUUUCCCUCUUUUAAGAAAUAGUGCGAUGGGAAGGAAAGAACAGCCGUGAGGUCAGGCCCAGGCAAGUUGCUUAUCCAUCUGUGAAUCUUUUUGUUCAUCUGUUAGGUGGAGAUAAAGAAAGCUUCCUUACAGGGUUGUUGUGCAAUGUACAAGAUCAGUGACAGGCAGCUAUUACCAUUAUCCUCCUUGUGGAUUCUACUCCCCAGAGAAGCUGAAAUGUUUUAUAGGCCCCUCAGAGAUUUUUCUACUAGCAAGCAUGUGGUAGAAAGCAAGGGUGAGUAAAAAAAAAAUCCCUGUGCACCUACUACAGACAGAAUUUAGAGGCUCUACACCCAUGCCUUGGGAUUGCCAUGGUUAUCUGGUUGGAUUUGGAGUUGGGUUCAAGGCCACACAGAUGUUGAAUGAGCCUUGUGAGCUCUUCUUUAUAAACCUAGUACUUACACCAGGUUAAUAAACUCUUGGAAAUGCCCCCACAUGCUUAUAGACCCACAUCUGUGCGUUUCAUCUCAAUUGCAAAAGCAAUUACAUUGAAAAUGAGAGUCGGUAUCAGAGCUCCUGGCAGGAAACAAUUCACCUCAGAUGGUUUGAAUGAAGCCUAAUGAAAGGAAUAAUUAUAGAGGUUGAGGGAUCCACCAAGGCACUAAUAGCAGUGGAAAAGCCCUAUCACCUCUAGGGCUGAGGGGCCUGGGGAGGAAGUAGAGUUACUGGAGUGCAGUGAGACCUGGAACUGUGGAGGAGGGGCUGCCCAGAAGGAGCUAUAGUCAAGGAAGAAUGUUACCUAAAGAUGUGGCACCCAGUGAGAGAGGGAGCCAGAGAGAAAUACCCAGACCUCUCUCUUCCUUCCUCCGAUUCCCCACUGGGUGCCUGGUUGGCUGAACCAAUGGGAAGCCAGCAGGCAGGGAAGCCAGGUGUAUACAGGGGUCAGCUGGUUGGAGGGUGAGAAUGGGUGGGGGUGAGGCCAAGAGAAUCACCAGAUAACAGGCAGGGAUGCUGUCAGAUGUCAGCACUGUGAGGCUCCUGGCAGAAUGCUGAGCACUUAGGUGCUAGAUGUAAAUAUUCCCUUUCCCUGGCCUCCUAGCAUCUUGAUAGUAGUGUGUUUACCCCUGUCAGCAAGGCCAUUGAGACAGAAGGGGGAAUACUAAAAAGCAAACCCUCUGGAUCAUGAUGCUAUAUUUUCCUGAGCUCUGGCUCUCCUGGUGUCCAGCAGAGAAGUUCUCCACGUAAAUUGUCCCCUGGUUUCUGCUCCCCAUUCCCAGAAGCGGUCUAAUUCACAGCCCAUAGGUGCCCCUGGGCAGGCAAGACAGCCAUGACACCAAGCAAGGAGAUAUUAUUAAUAAUUGGGAGGCCCCGUCCCUUGCUUCUUCUGACACCGGUGCCUGGAGAUUUCCUCUCAUCCCCUGUGGUAGAUAGAGGACCACGCUUGUGCUGGGUUUGCUCCAUCAGCCACUCUGCUGGUUGGGCCUCUCAGAGAUUAAGAGAAGAGUGGCUACCUCCAUAAUUUGAGCCUUUCAGUGUAUUUAAAAAGUGAAAAAGUACAUAGGGUUAGAAACACCAUAGACAGUUUUAAAUAUUUACAUUGAAGACCUGGAUGCUUUUUAACACAAGGAAACAUAAUAGAAUAUAGUUAUGCUUUUCACAAGGUAAUAAUAGGAGUUACAAAAAUAUGGAGACAUAGCACAUUAUAGGUGUGGCCUGGUAAUGAAUAUAUGUUCAAAGUUAUGUGACGAAUGUCUUCUGCUUUCAAUCCCAUUGUUUGGAUCUUUGUGAGGCUCCAGGACUCCAUUGGGAGAGAGGAUCAGAAGUCUGAAUCUGAGGAUGUUGUGAGUUGGGCUGGUGCCAAAUCUGCACCCUACCCCUGCAUGUUCUGUACACUUGGAUUCACCUUGCCUCUAGGCCUUCUCAAUCCCAGGUUUGGAAAGAUUCAAGGUUGGGGCAUGCCUGCAUUUUGCAUAAUUAUGCAGCCCAUAGAGGUGAGUGAGUGAGGUCCCACUCACUGCCAUGGGACCUUACUCAUGCCCUGUGGGACCCGCUUACCGCCAUGGGACCUCCCUCACUCAUGCCCUAUGGGACCCACCCACCUCCAUGGGACCUGCCCACCUCCAUGGGACCUCACUCACUCACGCCCUGUGGGACCUGCUUACCGCCAUGGGACCUCACUCACGCCCUAUGGGACCCGCCCACUGCCAUGGGCCCUCACUCACUCGUGCCCUGUGGGACCCACUCACCGCCAUGGGACCUCACUCACGCCCUAUGGACCCACACACCGCCAUGGGACCUCACUCACUCGUGCCCUGUGGGACCCACUCACCGGCAUGGGACCCACUCACCGCCAUGGGACCCACUCACCGCCAUGGGACCUCGCUCACUCACGCCAAUUGGGACCCACUCACCGCCAUGGGACCCACUCACUGCCGUGGGAUCUCACUUACUCACGCCCUAUGGGACCCGCUUACCGCCAUGGGACCCGCUUACCGCCAUGGGACCUCACUCACGCCCUAUGGACCCACCCACCGCCAUGGGACCUCACUCACUCAUGCCCUAUGGGACCCACUCACCGCCAUGGGACCCACUCACUGCCGUGGGAUCUCACUUACUCACGCCGUAUGGGACCCGCUUACCGCCAUGAGACCUCACUCACGCCCUAUGGGACCCGCCCACUGCCAUGGGACCUCACUCACUCGUGCCCAGUGGGACCCGCUUACCGCCAUGGGACCUCACUCACCCCCUAUGGGACCCGCCCACUGCCAUGGGACCUCACUCACUCGUGCCCUGUGGGACCCGCCCACCGCCAUGGGAACUCACUCACUCACGCCCUAUGGGACCUACUUACCGCCAUGGGACCUCAUUCACGCCCUAUGGGACCCGCCCACUGCAAUGGGACCUCACUCACCCGUGCCCUGUGGGACCCGCUCACUGCCAUGGGACCUCACUCACUCACGCCCUAUGGGACCCGCUCACCGCCAUGGGAACUCACUCACUCAUCCCCUGUGGGACCCGCCCACCGCCAUGGGACCUCACUGACUCACGCCCUAUGGGACCCACUCACCGCCAUGGGACCUCACUCACGCCCUAUGGGACCCGCCCACUGCCAUGGGACCUCACUCACGCAUGCCGUGUGGGACCCACUCACCACCAGGAGACCUCACUCACGCCCUAUGGGACCCGCUUACCACCAUGGGACCUCACUCACGCCCUAUGGGACCCGUCAACCGCCAUGGGACCUCACUCACGCCCUAUGGGACCCGCCAACCGCCAUGGGACCUCACUCACGCCCUAUGGGACCCGCCCACUGCCAUGGGACCUCACUCACUCAUCCCCUGUGGGUCCCACUCACUGCCAUGGGACCUCAGUCACUCACAGCUCUUCUUUCUGUUGCCAAAUGUUGCACUGCCAAUCUUCCCCAAAGGAAAUAAAGGAAGUAAAUGUAAAAUCAAUGUCUUUUUAAUUUUUUAAAAAAUAAUGAACUAUCUGUUGAAAAAAUUGGGAAACCA